GGCUGGACUGAAGCUGCAAGAGAAAACAGGGAGUCCUGCUAACUGUGCAGACUGAGUGCCAUGGAAAGAGCGAAUGGCAGCACCUCCUCAGGAUUCCUCCUCCUGGGCUUCUCCGACAGGCCAAAGCUGGAGACGCCUCUCUUUGUGGUCAUCCUGAUGGGCUACGUCCUGAGCUGCCUAGGCAAUGGCACCAUUAUACUCCUGUCGCUGCGGGACCCUCGCCUGCACACCCCCAUGUAUUGCUUCCUCUCCAACCUCUCUUUCAUGGACCUGUGUCUGACCACCUGCACCGUCCCUCAGACUCUGGCCAACCUCAAGGGGCGGGACAAGACUAUCACCUAUGGCGGCUGCGUGAGCCAGCUCCUCAUCGCCCUGGGGCUCGGGGGCGUGGAGUGUGUGCUCUUGUCGGUCAUGGCCUAUGACCGCUACGCCGCCGUGUGCCGCCCACUGCACUACCUGAUCAUCAUGCACCCGCAGCUCUGCCUGCGCCUGGUCCUAACUGCUUGGCUCACAGGGUUCGGCAACUCGGUGCUACAGACGGCCCUGACCAUGACCCUGCCCCUGUGCGGGAGAAACCAGGUGGACCAUUUCUUCUGUGAAGUGCCGGUGAUGCUCAAGCUGGCCUGCGCCGACACCUCCUUCAACGAGGCUGAACUCUUCGCGGUCAGUGUCUUCUUCCUCGUGGUGCCUCUGUCGCUCAUCUUAGUGUCCUACGGCCACAUCACCAGGGCCGUCCUGAAGAUCAAGUCGGCCCGGGGCAGGCGGAAGGCCUUCGGAACCUGCGGUUCCCACCUGAUGGUGGUGGUCAUCUUCUUUGGCACGCUCAUCUCCAUGUACCUCCAGCCUCCCUCCAGCUACUCGCAGGAUGUCAACAAAAGCAUUGCGCUCUUCUACACUCUGGUGACUCCCCUACUGAAUCCCCUCAUUUACACUCUGAGGAACAAGGAGGUCAAGGGGGCGCUGAGGAGACUGCUGAGAGGAACCACAGGCUCCAGAGGGAGCUAAU